AUGGCGAACACACAGGAAUCCAAACCCUUGACAUUGACCGUUCUCGGCUCAGGAACAAUGGGCAUCGCCAUAAUGGGCGGCGUAAUGUCGUCUCUGGCGUCCGCCCGCACAAAAGCAACCAUCGACCCCUCUUCCGCACCCAAAGACGUUCCCAAUCUCUCAAACUUCGUCGCCUGCGACCAGUGGGCCCCCGCCGAGGAGAACGUUCGCAAAGCCCUCGGCCACUACAACUUCUCGCUCCAGACUCUCACAAACGAGAACCUCAAGGGUGUCCAGCAAGCCGACAUUGUGCUGCUAAGCUGCAAGCCCCACGGCUUCAAGACGAUUCUAGGCGAGGAGGGUAUGAGGGAGGCGCUCAAGGGCAAAGUGCUAGUCAGUAUUUUAGCGGGCGUAACCAGAGAGCAAAUCGAGGCUUUCUUGUACCCCGAUGGGCCGGAGAAGACGGAGGGCGCAUGCAGGGUUGUAAGAGUCAUGCCCAACACUGCGUCGUUUGUCGGUGAAUCCAUGUCUGUGAUUCAGACGUCAGAUCCUCCGCUCAGCGAGAAGCAGCAGAAGCUGGUCGAGUUCAUCUUCAGCUCCAUUGGCCGUGUCACCACGCUUCCGCCUGCGAACAUGGAUGUUGCGACUGCUCUGUGUGGAUCUGGUCCGGCGUUCUUUGCGCUGGUGCUUGAGGCGGCGGCGGAUGGUGCGGUCGCCAUGGGUUUGCCCAGGGCAGAGGCUCAGAUGAUGGCUGCGCAGACGAUGAGAGGAACCACUGGCUUGGUACUCAACGGCGAGCAUCCCGCCGUGCUGAAAGACAAGGUUUCAACCCCUGGCGGUUGCACCAUCGGCGGCCUGAUGUCGCUCGAGGAAGACGGCGUUCGUGGUUCCGUUGCAAAGGCCAUCAGGGAGGCCACUGUCGUCGCGUCCAGGCUCGGAGGUGAGCAAAAAGAGUUUGUGAACCACAGACGGUAAAACGUGCAUACAUAGCCCCCCCCCCUCCCCUUCGCCAUAGCACAACAACACGUAAAAAAAAGAUGAUACCACGAUUUUU